AUGUGUAGGGUCAUGUUCCCAGCGGAGAUACGCAAUGCGUUGUUUGAGUGCUCAGUACUCGCGGACGGUGCGAGCAAGGUCGACCGUGCCUACAAGAGUGUGGGAGCGGACAAUACGAUCAAAGCGAUGGACACGGUCCAUAGCUUCUUCAUUGACCCAGUGACCGAGCACGGCAAGAGCGAGCUGUUCAGCAACGACAUUACCAAGGUCGCCGUCAUUGCCGACGAAUUACUGAGUUUGGUGUUGCCGUGGAUCCUCUUCACCUUCGACAACGUCAAGGGCUUGGAGCUCUUCGCUGAGACCUUCUCGGCCCACACCGCAGUGUGCAACCGGGAAAUCCCCCUUCACGUGGAGAUCGACUUGUGCUGUACUCUCAACGAGAAAAAGAAGGAAGCGUUUGCUUGUUGGGAGGAGAGCCCGUUGCCGCAUGGAAGGGCAUUGAAUGCACACGACAUGUUUGAAGGCUGGAUGGCAGCCGCGCAAGACCUUCCGCCGCAGUCAACUCAUCUGUAUCUGGUCUUCACAUGCUUCUGGCGUGAUUUCCGUGCACUUCGUGGCCUGUCACGAAAGAUGCGCCUGAACCAGUACCAACUUUCGUUCCGUUUCGAUACGGAUCCUUCCCUGCCACACCACGACUUCUUCGUUGCUCAAACCAUUGCAGCAGUACAUGGCAUCGAGGUGACGGAGCAGGCUGGCAUCAGCGAGGCUGGACGAGAAGAGCUGUACUUGAUGCUCGUACAAAAGAACAUUGAUGGAGAUGUGAAGGGAAGGAGAGAUGGAAUAAGGCUCGAUGGCGUGGGUGCUCAGUGA